AUGAGUGCCGAGAAUAUGGUAGAGAUUCUUCGGGACCUGCACGCGCCUCGCACCAACACUGAUGCAGAUGAACCUCCUGAUGAACAAGACUACCAUAACCACGCCUUCGUCGAAAGAACCACCUACAAUUGUACUGGAUUUCCAGUCUUGGAAAACAUAACGCCAGCAGAAUACGCUGCUGCUACCGUUUUCGCACGACUGGGUCUACUUCAUCUUGAAAUAACCAUAGUCGACUGCAUAAAAAUAUGCCCACACAACUGCAGACCUGACCGAGCUCCGACAUGCCAACGUGAAUGCGAAAUUUGCAAAGCGACAACAGUGGAGCGAAUGUCUGGCAGUGAAAACUUCUACUGCUUUACGUGCAAGGCGAAUCGAGAUAUUACCCCAGAAUGGAAAUGUAGAUUCUGUAACUCUGGUUUUGUUGAACGCAGUGACCAAGCUCACAUCCCUGAUAUUCCUGUUCCAGCCCCUCCUUGGGCCAUCCCUAGUUACCAAAAUCCCUCACCUUUAACAAAUAUUACCCCCACGCCGCAAUUUCCGGCACCCCUGCCUCACCCAAGUGUUCCAGCCGGUCCAGCCCUGAGCCAGCUUCACAAUGCUCCGUCAAACUUCUACUCCGGAAAUUCCCCUCGAGCAGCUGGGCCGAGCGAAAGAAUGGAUCGAUCAUCGGAAAUUCGAGAAGCUCCCAGACGAGGAAGACGUCCUGUCUAUCCGAAUUUUUACCAACGGGCAAGGCCAAGUUUGCUUGUCGAUCAAGACGGCAACUUGAUCCCUUCUCAAAAUAAUCAAAGUAUUCAAAUGAUCCCGGAAAACUCCAGAACUUUAUACAAUAUUUGGCAAAGAGUCGGAAAUAGAAGACCGAAUUUUAAUGUUAAUCCGAAUGAUAUAGCUUGGACAGAAGAAAGUCUGACGAAUAUUCUUGAUAGGCUUCGAGUGGAAUCAGAGUCAACAGAAAGACAAAAUUCUGGUAGAAAUUUAAGCCACCUGAAAGAGACGAGAGAUCUACCAACUGAUCAUAAAAGCUGCUGUAUUUGCAUGUCUGAUUUCGAAGAAGGCGAAACCUUCAUUCGACUUCCCUGUGGACACGUUUUUCAUGCAGAAGAAAUCCGAAACUGGCUGCAGCUCAAUUCUCAAUGUCCUGUUUGUAGAAAAGACGCAGUUUAA